AUGAACCCGCGAUGGCGCGCCGCCUCCUCGCGGCGUCGCUUUGCUCCCACUCACCCGCCCGGACUCCACCUCAUCACCGCCUGCCACCACCGCGUACGGCGAGCUCCGCCUCCGGGGAUUCCCGCGUGUGCCUACACGCUUGACGCCACCUCCGAGGACUUCACCGUCGACCUCCGCUCCAGUUGUCACAUCGUGCUGCCCGCGAGGACCUACGUUGCUGCCUUCAGCGACCGCCUCACGGGCUGCCUCGAUGACCACCGCAUCUCGGGCCUCGACGGCAUCCUCGUCAGGGCCUUCUUCCGCUGGCGGUCCAUCACGGGCAAUGGCGGCCUCCUUUUCACUCUGUGGCAUCGAGCUCCGCGCUGCCCAAACCCUGGCAUGGGGUCGAGGAGGGGAAGGCAACAUCCUGGUGCUGGCCACGCCGCGCAGCCUCCGCAGCCGGGCGGGAGAGGCGCUGCUCGUGCUCAACAACCCCCGCAGCCUGCAGGAAGAGGAGGAGGAGGUCGUGGAGGGAGCCAGCAGCAGGGGCGAGGUGGAGGUCGCACGUCUCGCGUUGAUGAGGCCCAGCACCAGCAGCAUGGCAGGGGCGGCCACACUCGUGGCGGGAGUGGUGCGGGGCGCCCGCAGCAGCACCCACGUGGUGCUACACCUCUGCAGGGGGCUGCCCCGUCGUCAUCCAGCCAUUCAGCUCCCGAGCUGCGCCAAGCAAUGGAGGAGGCUCCUCGUGAGCUUGCACCACAAGCGCCACCAGGUCCUUCGCAGCCAUCGCCAGAGGCUCCCCCGCCUGUUCAGCCUAGAGAGGAGCACGGGCCAGCUGAGCCCAGUGCAGGCCAGGAGAUUGUGCCUACUGCACCUCCACAAUCAAGCAAGUCAUUCAGGUUUCCUUCGCGCCCAGGAAAGGGCAGUAUUGGCACCAGGUGCCUGGUUAAGGCCAACCAUUUCUUUGCUGAGCUACCAGACAAGGAUCUUCAUCACUAUGAUGUCUCAAUCACACCGGAAGUUACCUCAAGGGUUGUUAGUCGGGCCAUAAUCAAGGAGCUGGUUAAUCUCUACAAGCAAUCUUACUUGGGUGGGAGGCUACCGGCUUAUGAUGGUAGGAAGAGCCUGUACACAGCCGGCCCACUGCCGUUUACUUCACAGGAAUUUCAUAUCACUUUAUUUGAUGAUGAUGGUGGCCCUGGUUCCGAGAGGCGACAUAGGAAUUUUAAAGUAGUCAUUAAAUUUGCCGCACGAGCUGACCUCCAUCACCUCGAGCUGUUUUUAGCUGGGAGGCAUGCAGAAGCUCCUCAAGAGGCAUUGCAGGUUCUGGAUAUUGUGCUGCGGGAACUGCCUUCAUCAAGGCCAAGGUACGCACCAUUUGGCCGGUCGUUCUUUUCACCUGACUUGGGCCGAAGGCAGCCCCUUGGUGAUGGAUUAGAAAGCUGGCGUGGAUUUUACCAGAGCAUUCGUCCUACUCAAAUGGGCUUGUCACUCAACAUUGAUAUGUCAGCGACAGCUUUCAUUGAGCCAUUGCCUGUAAUUGAAUUUGUUGCACAGCUGUUGAAUUGUGAAAUUCACUCUAGGCCACUCUCAGACGCGGAACGGGUGAAGAUCAAGAAAGCCUUGCGAGGAGUUAAGGUGGAAGUUACUCAUCGUGGAAACAUGCGGAGAAAGUAUCGAAUAUCUGGGUUAACAACUCAGGCGACUCGAGAGUUAACCUUUCCUGUUGAUGAAGGGGGUACAAUAAAGUCAGUUGUACAAUACUUUCAAGAGACAUAUGGCUUUGCCAUCCAACACACCUACCUUCCUUGCCUUCAAGUUGGCAAUCAACAGCGUCCAAAUUACUUGCCAAUGGAGGUCUGCAAAAUAGUGGAGGGACAGAGGUACUCCAAGAGAUUAAACCAGAAUCAGAUCAGAGCUCUUUUGGAGGAGACAUGCCAGCACCCACGCGAUCGUGAGCGUGAUAUAAUUCGGAUGGUUAAACAGAAUGCCUAUGACAAGGAUGAUUAUGCACAAGAGUUUGGCAUUAAGAUUAGCGAUCGUCUGGCAUCAGUUGAGGCACGGAUUUUGCCAGCUCCACGGCUUAAGUACAAUGAGACUGGUCGAGAGAAGGACUGCUUACCUAGGGUUGGUCAGUGGAAUAUGAUGAACAAGAAAAUGGUAGAUGGUGGUAAGGUCAGAAGUUGGAUAUGUGUCAAUUUUGCUCGCAAUGUGCAAGACAGUGUUGUUCGUGGGUUCUGUCAUGAACUUGCACUGAUGUGCCAAGCGUCAGGAAUGGAUUUCGCUCGGGAGCCUGUUCUUCCACCUCUAUAUGCACGUCCUGAUCAAGUGGAGCGAGCUCUGAAAGCUAGGUACCAUGAUGCCAUGAACGUUCUUGGACCCAAACACAAGGAACUUGAAUUGCUUAUUGGAAUACUACCUGACAACAAUGGCUCACUUUAUGGUGAUUUGAAGCGUGUCUGUGAAAUAGAUCUUGGGAUAGUUUCACAGUGCUGUUGCACAAAGCAGGUUUUCAAAAUGAACAAACAAAUUCUUGCAAAUCUUGCUCUGAAGAUUAAUGUCAAGGUUGGGGGCAGGAACACCGUGCUGGUAGAUGCUGUCUCAAGGCGAAUUCCUCUGGUAACUGAUCGACCUACAAUCAUAUUUGGUGCUGAUGUGACUCAUCCUCAUCCUGGUGAGGACAGUAGUCCCUCAAUUGCUGCUGUUGUGGCCUCCCAAGAUUGGCCAGAGGUGACAAAGUAUGCUGGACUAGUUUCUGCUCAAGCUCAUCGGCAAGAGUUGAUAGAGGAUUUGUAUAAGGUCUGGCAAGAUCCACAGAGAGGGACAGUAAGCGGUGGAAUGAUAAGGGAGCUACUUGUAUCCUUCAAAAAAUCAACUGGUCAGAAGCCCCAGCGAAUAAUAUUUUACAGGGAUGGUGUCAGUGAAGGACAAUUUUAUCAAGUUCUGUUGUAUGAGCUCAGUGCAAUCCGAAGGGCCUGUGCCUCCCUGGAAGCGAACUACCAACCAAAGGUGACUUUUGUUGUGGUUCAGAAGCGCCAUCAUACUAGAUUAUUUGCUCACAACCACAAUGAUCAGAAUUCAAUUGACAGGAGUGGAAACAUACUCCCAGGUACUGUUGUAGAUUCGAAGAUCUGCCAUCCUACUGAAUUUGACUUCUACUUGUGUAGCCAUGCUGGCAUUAAGGGCACUAGCCGUCCAGCUCAUUAUCAUGUCUUGUGGGAUGAAAACAACUUCUCUGCUGAUGAGUUGCAGACUCUUACAAACAACCUCUGUUACACUUAUGCAAGGUGCACCCGCUCUGUAUCGAUCGUUCCACCAGCGUAUUAUGCUCACCUGGCUGCCUUCAGGGCUCGUUUUUACAUGGAACCAGAGACUUCUGACAGUGGUUCGGUGGCAAGUGGUCCUGCAGGCCGUGGACCUCAGUCAGCAUCCCAUAGCACUCGGGCCCCUGGUGGUGCAGCUGUUAGGCCACUUCCAGCUCUGAAGGAUAACGUAAAGAGGGUCAUGUUCUACUGCUGA